AUGCCGGGAUCGCUAAGCAACGAAGACGAGGGACAAGACGACAUGGAUUUUGAGGACGAAAUACCAGAUGAGGAUGACGAGGGUGAGCCAAUGAGGGUCCCGCUGUCACCUCUGGAGAGGUUCUUCUCCGAGGAUGACUCCAUUAAGCAGCAGAAAAAAAAGAAACCUAGCAAGCCGAAGGAGAGCAAGAUGCCCAAAGUCAAAAAGAAGAAGAAGGAGGUAGGCGCUAGCGGGCUUGAGGAGUUAUCGGAAAGAGAAGACCAUGCUGAGAGGUCAGCUAGUGAGAGUAGCACCUAUGCUCCCAUGAAAAAGAAAAAGAAGAAGCCCAAAGAAAAGAAAGAGAAGAAAACCAAAAGACGGAAGAAAGAUGAAGAAGAGGAUGAUGACGACGACGACGAUGAUGGAAAUCUUAAGGAGCCCAAGUCCUCCAGCCAGCUGAUGCAGGAGUGGGGUCUGGAAGACGUGCAGUAUGCCUUCUCUGAGGAAGACUACAAAACGAUCACCAACUACAAGGCUUUCAGCCAGUUCCUCAGACCGCUUAUUGCCAAAAAGAACCCCAAAAUCCCCAUGUCCAAGAUGAUGACAGUGUUAGGGGCCAAGUGGCGGGAGUUCAGCGCCAACAACCCUUUCAAAGGCACCUCGGCAACGGCCGUGGCCGCAGCUGUGGCUGCCGCCGUGGAAACUGUCACUGUGGCACCGCCUAUCACCAUUAACAGUAUUCAGCAAAUCUCUCAGAUGGGGCCAAUCAGAAAAGCCAAAACCAAAGAAGGAAAGGGACCCGGUGUAAGGAAGAAGAGCAAGAGUGUGAAAGAUACGAAAAAGAAAGGGAAAGGGAAGAAGACAAAAUCAAAAGCAGGCCAGAGCGGGAAGAGGAAAAAGGCCUCCUCGAGUGAGGAAGAUUUUCUGGAUGAGUCUGACUUUGAUGACGUCAGCAUCCACAGUGCCUCUGUGCGCUCCGAUGCCUCAGGGGCACCCAAGAAGAAGGCUCGGCGAGGUCGUAAAAAGAGAAAAAAUUCGGAAGAAGAUGGAGAUGGCUAUGAGACAGACCACCAGGACUACUGUGAAGUGUGCCAGCAGGGUGGGGAGAUAAUUCUGUGUGAUACUUGCCCUCGUGCCUACCACCUGGUGUGCCUGGACCCUGAACUCGAGAAAGCCCCCGAGGGCAAGUGGAGCUGUCCCCACUGCGAAAAGGAAGGCAUCCAGUGGGAGGCCAAAGACGAAGAUGAUGAAGAGGAGGAUGCUGCAGGAGAGGAAGAAGAUGAUCACAUGGAAUUUUGCAGAGUGUGUAAAGACGGAGGGGAGCUGUUAUGUUGCGACACCUGUCCCUCGUCAUACCACAUUCACUGCCUGAACCCCCCUCUGCCGGAGAUCCCUAACGGAGAGUGGCUGUGUCCACGCUGCAUGUGUCCUCCUCUUAAAGGGAAGGUUCAAAAGAUUCUACACUGGGUUUGGGGCGAUCCCCCGUUGCCUCCUGAGGCUCCCCCGGGGCCAAAUGGUGAGUCUGUAGACGUGCUGGCUAAGCCCCCGCUGAAGGGACACCCUGAGAGGUUGCUGUUUGUGAAGUGGGCUGGUCUCUCCUACUGGCACUGCUCCUGGGUGCGGGAAUUACAGCUGGAGCUGUACCACACAGUAAUGUACAGGAACUAUCAGCGGAAGAAUGACAUGGAUGAGCCUCCGCCGUAUGACUACGGCUCUGGGGAUGAGGAGCUGAACAGCGAGAAGAGGAAGAGUAAAGACCCGCAGUACGCGGUCAUGGAGGAGCGUUUCUACCGCUACGGCAUCAAACCAGAGUGGAUGGUCAUUCACAGAAUCCUCAACCACAGCUUUGAUAAGGAUGGAGAUGUGCAUUACCUGAUCAAAUGGAGAGACCUACCGUAUGACCAGUGCACCUGGGAGGUGGAUGACUUUGACAUCCCUGACUAUGAGAGCUUUAAGCAGGCUUACUGGGAUCAUAGGGAGCAGGUGCUGGGGGAAGAUCAUCGCCCCCUUGUGGUGAGGAAAGGAAAGAAAACCAAAGAGGAGCAGAAGAGAGAACCACCUCCUGAGACUCCUGUGGUUGACCCAACUAUCAAGUUUGACCAGCAGCCCUGGUACAUCAAUGCCACAGGAGGCACUCUGCACCCAUACCAGUUAGAAGGCUUGAACUGGCUGCGCUUCUCCUGGGCGCAGGGCACCGAUACCAUCCUGGCUGACGAGAUGGGCCUGGGAAAAACAGUGCAGACUAUUGUUUUCCUUUAUUCUCUCUACAAAGAGGGCCAUUCCAAAGGGCCGUUCUUGGUUAGCGCCCCAUUGUCUACUAUCAUCAAUUGGGAAAGGGAGUUUGAGAUGUGGGCUCCAGACUUCUAUGUGGUGACCUACACUGGGGAUAAAGACAGCCGUGCCAUCAUACGUGAGAAUGAAUUCACCUUUGAGGACAGCGCUGUCAAGUCUGGCCGCAAGGUUUUCCGCAUGAAGAAAGACACCCCCAUCAAGUUUCAUGUGCUGCUGACAUCCUAUGAGCUGAUCACCAUCGAUCAGGCCAUUCUGGGCUCCAUUACCUGGGCUUGCCUUGUGGUAGAUGAAGCCCAUCGAUUGAAGAAUAACCAGUCAAAGUUCUUCAGGAUUCUGAAUGGUUAUAAAAUCUACUACAAACUGCUUCUGACUGGAACCCCUCUGCAGAAUAAUCUGGAAGAGCUGUUUCACCUGCUCAAUUUUCUCACACCAGAGCGCUUCAACAAUUUGGAAGGUUUUCUGGAGGAAUUUGCGGACAUCUCGAAAGAAGACCAAAUUAAGAAGCUCCAUGACCUGCUGGGGCCACAUAUGCUGAGGAGGCUCAAGGCCGAUGUUUUUAAAAACAUGCCGGCGAAAACUGAACUCAUCGUCAGAGUGGAGCUCAGCCCCAUGCAGAAGAAAUACUACAAGUUCAUUCUGACCAGAAAUUUUGAAGCAUUGAACUCUAAAGGUGGAGGGAACCAGGUGUCUCUGCUCAACAUUAUGAUGGACUUGAAGAAGUGCUGUAACCACCCGUAUUUAUUCCCUGUGGCAGCUGUGGAGGCUCCAGUGUUACCCAAUGGCUCCUAUGAUGGGAACCUGUUGGUAAAAUCCUCUGGUAAACUCACUCUGCUGCAGAAGAUGCUGAAGAAGCUGAAAGACGAAGGCCACAGAGUGCUCAUUUUCUCUCAGAUGACUAAAAUGCUGGACCUGCUAGAGGACUUUCUCGAGUAUGAGGGCUAUAAAUAUGAGCGUAUUGACGGAGGCAUCACGGGAAGCCUGCGGCAAGAGGCCAUUGAUCGCUUCAACGCACCUGGAGCGCAGCAGUUUUGCUUCCUGCUCUCUACACGUGCUGGAGGCCUGGGUAUCAACCUGGCCACAGCAGAUACAGUCAUCAUCUAUGAUUCUGACUGGAACCCACACAAUGACAUUCAGGCAUUCAGCAGGGCUCACCGGAUUGGUCAGAAUAAGAAGGUGAUGAUUUAUCGUUUUGUGACGCGAGCCUCAGUGGAGGAACGCAUUACCCAGGUGGCCAAGCGUAAGAUGAUGCUGACCCACCUGGUGGUGCGGCCCGGCCUGGGCUCAAAGACAGGCUCCAUGUCAAAGCAAGAAUUGGAUGAUAUCCUGAAAUUUGGCACAGAGGAGCUCUUCAAAGAUGACGUUGAAGCUGCCAGAGCCAUGGGUGACAAUAAGGAUGGUGAGGAGGGAAGCGUGAUCCACUAUGACGACAAUGCCAUCUCCAAACUGCUCGACCGCAGCCAAGACGCCACCGAGGACACGGAGAUCCAGAACAUGAACGAGUAUCUGAGCUCUUUCAAGGUCGCCCAGUACGUGGUCCGAGAGGAGGACGGAGAGGAGGAGGUGCAGAGGGAGAUCAUUAAGCAGGAGGAGAAUGUUGAUCCUGACUACUGGGAGAAGUUACUCAGACAUCAUUAUGAGCAGCAGCAGGAGGACCUGGCCCGUAAUCUGGGCAAGGGCAAGAGGAUCCGCAAACAAGUCAACUACAACGAUACCACCCAGGAGGACCAAGAGUGGCAAGAUGAUCUUUCAGACAAUCAGUCCGAGUACUCUGUGGGGUCCGAGGAUGAGGACGAAGAUUUUGAGGAGCGGCCAGAGGGAGGACGCAGACAGUCCCGCAGACAGAUGAAGAGCGAUCGAGACAAACCUCUUCCGCCUUUACUGGCGCGUGUGAGUGGGAAUAUAGAGGUACUGGGUUUCAAUGCCCGUCAGCGUAAGGCUUUCCUCAACGCCAUCAUGCGCUGGGGGAUGCCUCCACAGGACGCUUUCAACUCCCACUGGCUGGUUAGAGACCUGAAAGGCAAGAGUGAGAAAGAGUUCAGGGCAUAUGUAUCUCUCUUUAUGAGACACCUGUGUGAACCUGGGGCAGAUGGAGCAGAGACAUUUGCUGACGGUGUCCCGCGGGAGGGACUGUCACGCCAGCAUGUCCUUACCAGGAUUGGGGUCAUGUCUCUAGUCCGAAAGAAGGUUCAGGAGUUUGAACAUGUUAAUGGGAAGUAUAGCUCUCCAGAACUGAUCCCAGUGGGCUUGGAAUUGAAGAAACUGACAGAGAAUCUCUCAUCUGACCCAAACACUCCAGUGCCCGCCAGCCCUGCUGUUACUCAGCCCGGCACACCGGUACCCGCAGAGAAAACUGAAUCAGCGUCUGGGCCGCCUGAGGACAAGGACCCUGCAGAUCAGGAGAGUACAAAGCCCUCAGAAACAGAGGCUGCUCUUGGUCCUGAGUCCUCCCCUCCUGUAGAGAAGACCCCAGACACUGAGGAACCUAAGAGUGGUGGUACAGAGGAAAGAUGCACUGAGGAGAAUGAGAAGACAGACAGUGCCCAGGCCCAAGCAAAACAAUCGUCCAAUCAAACACAGCCACCCACCAAUCUCACUGAACAGUCCACCAAUAAGACAUCACCUGCAGAUUGUGGAUUUACAGAAAGUUCAAAAGAGAAGACAGAGACUGACGCUCCCCUUGUUAAAACAGAGGAAAAGGACCUAAAGCCAGAUGAAUCAAAGAGUGAGGAUGCCCCUGAGACUCAGCUGAACGGGGAGAAAGAAUUGAGAGACGAGACAGACGAGAGCCGCAAAGAUGAAAAGAACAGCUCGAAGACAAGGUUCAUGUUCAACAUCGCAGAUGGAGGCUUUACAGAGCUGCACACCCUGUGGCAAAACGAGGAGCGAGUGGCCGUGUCAUCGGGAAAGAUGUAUGACAUCUGGCAUCGUCGCCACGACUACUGGCUCUUGGCUGGGAUCGUAACACACGGUUAUGCCCGGUGGCAGGACAUCCAGAAUGAUCCACGAUACGUUAUCCUCAACGAACCCUUUAAGAGUGAGAUGCAUAAAGGCAAUUACCUGGAGAUGAAGAAUAAAUUUCUAGCACGUCGUUUUAAGUUGCUGGAACAGGCUCUGGUGAUAGAGGAGCAGCUGCGGCGAGCGGCAUAUCUAAACAUGACACAGGAUCCCAGCCAUCCUGCCAUGGCCCUCAACACACGCUUUGCAGAGGUGGAAUGUCUGGCUGAGUCCCACCAGCACCUGUCUAAAGAGUCACUGGCAGGGAACAAACCUGCCAAUGCUGUCCUACACAAAGUGCUGAAUCAGUUGGAGGAGCUGUUGAGCGACAUGAAGGCAGAUGUGACGAGGUUGCCCUCCAUGCUGUCCCGUAUCCCCCCCGUGUCAGCGCGUCUACAGAUGUCAGAGAGGAGCAUUCUGAGCCGACUCACCAGCCGGGGCAACGAACCGCCCCCACAGCAGCCUUUUCCACAGGGCUCGUUUGGCUGCUCUCAGAUGUACGGCAGCGGUUUUGGAGGAGGGUUCAGAGGACCUGGUGCCGGGGGAAUGGUCAACUACAGCCAGAUGCCUUUAGGGCCAUAUGUCAGCGUGUCCACGAAUGGACCUCCACCCCCAACUAGUCAUCUGGAUAAAAAAGCCAGUGAUAAUCUAAGGGAUGUCACCACUCCUGACCUGAAGUCAGGAAAAUCCAACGACGUCAUCUGCAUCGAGGACUAG